AACCAGCAUACGUGCGAGUGUGCAAGAGAGAGUCCUUUUUUUUAAAAAAAAAAGAAAAAAAAAAGAAAAAUUUAAAAAAUAUACUUGAAAUCUUGGUGAAAUGAACUCACUAUUCCAGGGUCAAAUCCCAGAUUUUUGGGAAGUCAGAGAUGUAAUCAACAAAGUUAAGAAUGUAGUCCUCAACUACACAGAAAUGGAAGCCAAGGUUCAUGAGGCCACGAACAACGAAGCAUGGGGAGCAUCUAGCACUCUCAUGCAAGAAAUUGCACAAGGAACCUUCAACUACCAAUACUUUAAUGAGAUUAUGCCUGCGCUUUACAAACGCUUUACUGAAAAGGAAGCAAAGCAGUGGAGACAAAUAUACAAGGCACUUGUUCUCCUUGAGUACCUUGUCAAGAACGGCUCUGAGCGUGUAGUAGAUGAUGCUCGUUCUCAUAUUUCAACCAUAAAGAUUUUGAGAAACUUUCAUUUUAUUGAUGAAAAGGGCAAAGACCAGGGUAUCAACAUCCGUAACCGAGCCAAGGAGAUUUCUGAGCUUCUUAGCAAUACAGAUCUCAUCAAAUCUGAGCGCAAAAAGGCUAGAGCAAACCGCAAUAAGUACACCGGUGUAGGUUCCGAGGCCAUGCACGGCUCAAGAGGGUCUAUUGGAAGUGGAGGAAGCUCCCGUUAUGGUGGUUUCGGCAGUGAUUCAGUUUACUCUAGUGGAGGUGGUAUUGGAGGAGGUGGAGGUGGAGGUGGUAGCAGUGGCUACUACGAUGAGGACGAUCGUUCAAACAACUUUGAGACUACUAAAUACGAUGACUUUGACGAUAUUCCUAAAACAUCUUCGCACAGAGAGCUCGACACUUCGUCAUUCUCUUCUUCUACCCAUCAAAAGUCGACUUCUAAGCCAAAAACAGCCAAGGAAGCCAAUCUAUUUGACUUUGGUGAUGAGUACGGCUCGUCAUCUAAAUCUAACAACCGUGAGGAUGAAGAUGACUGGGGAGAUUUCGCAACUGGCUCUGUUGCAGCCCCUGACACUAACGAUGACUUUGAUGACUUCCAAAGUGCGCCCACGCCAACCACUGUCAUGUCUGCCCCUGCUCCGACAUCCGCUAAACCAACUAAGACUAAUGAUCUGUUUGAUCUCCUGGGUGAUGAUGCUUUCUCUGCACCUGUAACUGCAUCAAAAGCACCAGUUGUGACGCAACAGCAGCAGCAGCAACAACAACAACAACAACAACAACAACAGCAACAGCGUCAAUCUCUCCAACAGUUUUCAUUCGAUGCUAUUACUAGCACAAGUUCUAUAUCCCAGCCUCUUGCCCCACAAAACUCCUCGAGAAACAAUGGUUCCUCUGUGGCUGAACCUGCUCAGCCUGCAAAGAAGAUGGAGCUGCCUGGUGGUAUUUGGUCUCAGGCUUCAUCAUUUGUGUCCCUGGAUUCACUUGGAAAGACUUCUGGACCCGCUAAGCCUACUGCUGGACCUUCCAUGAACACUCUCAAGACAUCUAGUGCUAAUGCUGGUUGGAGUGACUGGGCAUCAUCUAACCAAACCUCAUCUGACAAUAACAGACAGCAGCAGCAGCAGCAGUCUAACAAUGCUUCUAGUUCCGCUUUUGAUGAUCUUUUGUUCUAAUUCUUAGCGACCAUUUGUCUGUUUGUUUUGUUGAUUUUUUUUAAAGAAAAACAAAGAUCUCCUCAUCCCUCCCCUUUAUCUAUAAUUUAGAGAGAAGACUAGAUACCGAGUUUAUCUCCCUCUCCCUCUCUCUAUAUCUGUUUAUCUUUAUUUUUUGGUACGGCUAUUAAGAAAGAAACUUAUUAUAUUUUCAAUUAAAAUAAAUAAUAAUAAUAAUAAUAAUAAUAAUAAUAAUAAUGAAAACAACAGUGAAAAUAUAGACUUUUGAC